AUGUAUGAUAAGCAAGUAGAAGAAGGGCAAGUUGUUAAUGGUGAAUCAUGUAAAGCAGAUUCUCUUACACCUUUGGAUAAAUUUGCUGAAAAGUUGGCAACGAUGAAAUCCGAAGGCCAAAUAGUCAAAGAAGAAGAACCAGCUCAGGAUGACGUUGAUGACUUGGAAAUUUUGGAAAUUUUUACAAAAAGUCCAACACCGAGUGAAGCGUCGCACUACAAUGAUGCCUUUCAGCCAACUACUUUAAAGGAGGCAACUGAUAUUGAUCUGGAGAUUAUUGCGCUUGAUAAAGAAGAUGAUGAGAAUGUUAAUGUUGGAAGUUGUGCUAAUGUUGGGGACAAUAAUAUGGAUUGUGUUUCUGAUUCUGAAGCAUCAGCAGCUUCCUCAAAAAAAUCUGAUGACAGUAUUGCUGUAGGGGAAAGUGCAAUUAGCCCAAUAGCUUCUCCAAAGAAGCAAGAAGAAAAUGAGGUCAAAAUGAAAGAUUAUGAGGAGGACGACGAUGAUAUUAUCUGCAUUGAUUGAGAAUUUUAUUGGGGGAAGGAAAGGAGCUUUUGUUUUUUAAAUUAUUUUUUUUCAUUUGUUGUGAACGGUCGAACCUCACUAUAAAAUACACCUAAAAUUAAUCUUCAGGGGUGGACUCGAUUAUUUCUGCUUUAUGGGGGUUUUAUACGUGAGGUUCCACUGCGUACCCUAUAUUAGGCUGCUGAAAAUUUUUAUUCCAUUCUUUUUUUGUCUACGACCUCA